AUGCCACCGCCAUCGGAGGCUGACGCAAUACCUAUAAAUCUCCCUCCAAUACUACCAUUAACUCGAUUGUCACCAGUUGAGCUCACUGAGCUUUUGCAAUUCGCUACAUCCGAGCUAUCAUCGCUAUUAAACACCUCAUUCCAGGUCUUUUGGUCAUCCAUACUAUCGCCUACGUCGAAUUCAUUACCGUCGUUUCUCGAUAGCUACUUGACUCAAUGUAGCAAAUUAUUGAAAUCAUCACACUCACAUCUCAAUGUAGAAUCAGAAACUACUAAUGUCACCUUUACAGCACAAAACACAGCAGAACAUCAAGUACUAUCUCGUCUCGUAUUUAUAUUGAUACUACGAUUAUGUCUCGUUGAUGAACAAGAUCAACUGGACUCGCUAUGGGAUCGUGACGACUGGGGGCUAGCUCUGUCAAAGCUUGGUAUAUUUAGCGUCCCAGUCAUUAUGGAUUUCGUGUUUAUAUAUGGUCAGGUCAAUGCUGCUUCUGUGUCCGUUGCUUUGGACACGUUAUUGGAUUCACACGAGUCGUAUAUAGUCGAGUUCUUGAACGCUGUGAGUGUCUUGAGCUCAACUGUGAAGGGUAUGCAACGACGACGUGAAAAGGCUACCGAGAGGAGUGGUGGGAAGAGUAAAGGGAAGGGUAAAGGCAGUGGUGCUGUCGCUGUUAUAGAUACAUUUAGCUCGGCCACAUCAAUUUCAACACCGAAUGGCCAACCACCUAAUAAUAAUAGUGAUGCCAACGACGAAGUGUCAGCCGAAAUUGAAUUCUUGACUGAUGCUAUAUGGUCGUUUGAGGUUACUGCCACUGUGGCUGGUAUGACACUAGCAACAGCACUUAUACAACAACCAGACCUCAUACCCACACUCCUCGCAACCUAUAGUAUCGCCAACCUUGUACAGAAUAGUAAACCAGUAAUCGAUAUGUUUGAUCAAACCUCAUUAUCUGAUCGAGUCAAAGCACUGAAAGGUCUCGUAUUGAGUCUUGUAUACCACUUGCUCGAUUCGGCCUUCUUCCAGCCAUGUAAACUAGAUACACACAAUGAAACAACACCAGCAGCCAAUCAAUCACCAAUAAUAAGUGCAACAGAAGCAGCCGAAAAGUUAUGUGACUUGAUUCACCUAUUAUUGGAUCAAGCUCAAUUCGAUGAACCAGUACCCUUCCUGCACGGUGCUCCAUUACUCGUUGAUUUGGAUGUAGAAUAUGAUCUGGCUGGUAGAUUACGUACUCUUAAAGAUGUACGAUUAGAUGGUGAUGAUGCUCGGAUUGACUAUAUAUUGGCUAGCUUGGAACAAUUGUUGGCUUUCAGUGGUAACGCUGAAGCUAAACGUGUCAAGAAGGUCCGAAGGAUGGACAAGAAACGACAGUCGCAUCAGUAUAGUGGUGCUGAUGGUGUACAGGCUUCACAUAAUGAUGGAAUACCUUCGUACUCUGAGGUUCCACCACUGGACGAAGAGUACAUUCGUCGAAGCUCAUUGAUAUCACAAGUACAAGAUCUCUUUCCAGAACUUGGUGAAGGGUUUAUUGAGGCAUGUCUACUUGCAUUCAAUAACAAUGCCGAAACAGUUAUAAUGAAAAUCUUGGAAGACGAUUUACCUGAUUACGUUGCCAAACUGGAUCGUCUCAUGCAACGAACUGCACCACCUCCUCCUGCACUAAAACGCUCAAGUAGUAUAGAAGCUGUAGUGGACAUGUCGCUAGAUCAACCGGAUAUUGAAGAAUCCGUCCUGUCGACUCGCCGAAACAUAUUUGACGGAGACGAGUUUGAUGUCUUUGCCAGAAAGGAUGUCGAUCUGUCAAUGGUGUCAAUCGGCAAGAAGGACAAAACAUCCCACAUUCUCUUGAACGAUCCAGCGUUCAUGCAAGAAGACCCCUUCAUAUCAUCAGCUGCAUACGAUGAGAUGUAUGAUGACGAGUACGAUGACACGUAUGAUUCAACAGACAUCAAACUAGCUGGAACAGUCGAACUACAAGCAGUAGAUGAGAUGGAGACUGCUUUCGAAAAGGGUGCUCGACCGUCCACGAAAAUAACUAUGACAGCACCAGAUCCCAAGAUUGAAUCGUAUUUGAUCAAGAUAUAUACGUCAGCUCCAGGUGCUUUUGAAAAGUCGUCGAGAAAGUCCGGAAUUAGAGGUGAAAUGAAGAAUUUCACUCAUUGGACUGAUGAGCAGAUUGAGGGUUGGGCAAAGAUGUUGUUGCGAGAUACUGAUCGCAUGGAAUCUCUUAUGCCAGGCGGUCUGGAACCCAAUCCAAAUCAUCAUAAUCGUCACCAGGAGGAGGAAGACGACGAUGAUGAGAGUGAAUCAUCAGAUAAUGAUGAUAAACAACAACAAUCAACUGCACAUGCCAAACCAGGUCUACCAUCUAGCAGAGGCGGUGAUGCUCCUGCCCAAAGAGGUGGAUCCUCAACACGAGGGCGAGGUCAACCAAGAGGGAGAUCGUAUAAAGAUAAGCACAAGGCCCAAAUCGGAAAUCACAACAGGAAGAAUGCCAGUGCGAGGAAACACCGAUUCGCAAACCCAUUCUCUGCUGAUAGUGGUACUGAAUGA